AUUCAUGGGACUCUCCGCCUCUGAACACGAAAAUUAUUGUAGGAACCCUAAUGACGACAGAAUGCCAUGGUGUUUUACUGUAAACAGUACAGUUAGAUUUCAGUAUUGCAACAUUUUAAAUUGUCCGACAAGUGACGAAUGUAGGACUUCAGAAAUUGGAUCAGAGUACAGGGGAAAACGAGACAGAACUCGAGAUGGAAUCCCUUGUCAACGUUGGGACACAAUUACCCCCCACAGGCCUGACCCAAAAAUCAGUUUUUCAGGAUCCACUCUCUCUGCACAGGAAAAUUUCUGUAGAAACCCUAACAGCAAAUCAAAUUUAGGUCCCUGGUGCUACACUGUUGAUCCCAAUGUGCGGUGGGAGAUGUGUGAUAUCCCGUUCUGUUCCGGUUAUGUUUGUGACUUCUUCAAAGGCAACUGUACAGUGAACCAAUUAAACGAUGAAACAAUGAAAUGGGUUCUGAAUGAAAUAGAAGACAAAACACUAGCUUUAACACUCUCAGCUAAUUUGACGAUUCCACAACCAGUAUUACCGACACUGAGAUUACCAAACAUGCGAUUCACAAACACUGGAGGUUGUUUAGAAAUGGAAUACCGAGCAACUGGGGAUGACAUACGUUUAGAUUUAAGUACUGCCAAACAAAACUUGACGAGUCUGCAGAACAGCACCAAGUGGAUGCCCAUAAAAGUUAACCUAGACUACUCAUCCGAUGACUAUCAGAUAAUCAUGACACCAGUUUCCAAUCAGGCGUCUUCAGUGAAUUUUGAAAUAAAGUAUAUACACAUACAAUACACACCAUGCAAAGAUUGCUUUGCUUGCUUGGAGGACCACCUGUGCAUUCAAAAUGAGAAAUUUUGUGAUAUGAAUGUGGAUUGUCCCGAUGAAAGUGACGAAAGGAACUGUGCUUUGGAAUGCUAUUAUGAAAAUGUGUAUAAGGGAGUUAGAAAAGAAACAAAGUCUCUUCACCACUGCCGUUCUGGUACCACCUGUAACUUUGAUGAUUUUCACCAAAAAAGACUGGGCUGUUAUUAUGAUAAAGAAUCGAGAUUUGCUUGGGUACAGGAAUGGGAUGAAUGCAGCGUCUCGAAAUGUAAUGUAACAAGUUUGAAUUGCGAUUUUGAAAGGGAUAUGUGUAACUGGAAAUUUCUUCAAAAAGGAAUACAAUAUAAUCGACAGAAAGCUGACUAUACUGACAAAAUAGUUAUAUCUGCAAAACUUAAUAUCAUGCAAGAAGGCAGCAAUGAAGAAAAGGCUGUGUUAUUUAGUGCGCCGCAACCUCCUACAUGUGAUUUCGGUUGUAUAACAAUUUCUUACGCAGGAAAGGGUGUCCGUUUAAAACUCCUUUUCACUAAAGGAACAUUUUAUACAAACAAUGAAAGGGUUUACGAAGGCAGUGAAUUUGAUUACACAGUUUUUAAAACGACAAGCGUUGCGAUAACACCGAAGGAUAUUCCGUAUAUGGUCAUUUUAGUUGGAAUUUUCAUUAAAAAUCAAUCUUGGAUACAAAUUGAAAAAAUAAGUUAUGAAAAGGGCAUUUGUGUAGAAAAAGACACAUGUACCACUUUACAGUUCAAAUGUGAAGAUGGCAGUUGCAUUGCCAUCGAUCAAGUAUGUAAUGGGUUCAUCAACUGUCCAUACAAAGAUGAUGAAUCAGCAUGUAUAUAUAACAACAAAACAGCGUGUUUAAAACAUGACGAUGGCUGUCCAAUACUGUGCCCUUCCCACUGCCAAUGUGAAGGAGUAAUUUUCAAAUGCAAAUCACCGGAAAAUCUCAGAAAAGAAGUCAAAGUUCUUGAUCUAAGCUUAAAUUCUUUGAACACAAGUAACCUAAGAAAGUUCUACUCCCUCGUACACUUGAAUUUAUCAGGGUGUUCGAUAGUCCAGUCAUCACUUGCAGAUAUAUCACAAAUGAACUUUCUUCAAAAUCUGGACCUCUCACAUAAUAAUAUUACUGAUCUAGGAUGGGGAACAUUUUAUGGGUUGUCAAAUUUGUUGUAUCUGAAUAUCUCAAACAAUCAAAUUAAACGUCUUCGAAUAAAUUCAUUCUCAAACACGCCAAGGUUGAUUCAUUUGAUUAUAAAUAAUAAUUACAUAAAGGAAAUAAUAGUAGACCAGAGCUACAAUUACUUCCCACGUCUAAAGUUUUUAGAUUUACGAAAUAAUAACUUAAAAACUAUUGACCCAACUUUAUUAUAUUCUUUAAUGGAUGGCUUGCUUACAUUAGAUCUUAGUUAUAAUUCAAUCAAAAUUAUUUCUGAUUUUAUGUUUCUGAGCUUUUAUAGAUUACAAAUUCUAAAUUUAAAACACAAUCUAAUUACAAAUCUGGAUGGAAUUUCACUUUCAUCAUUAAAUACAUUAGUUGAAUUAGAUCUUAGUUACAAUUCAAUUCAUAACAUCACCAAAUACAUGUUUAAGGAAUUUCAAAAACUGAAAGUUCUAAAUCUACGAAAUAAUUUCAUUUCUAUGAUAGAUGGAUAUCCAUUUUCAACAUUAUUGAUGCUGUAUGAAUUAGAUAUAAGUUAUAAUUCAAUCUUAAAUAUAAAUGGUAAUUUUAGUAGAUUAGAUAAAUUGAGUGUUUUAAAUUUACAAAAUAAUAUCAUAACAAAUUUAAAAGAUUUUUCAUUCUCAAACCUAACGUCUUUGCGUACUCUUAAUCUUGCUUUUAACCGGAUACAUUUCAUCCAUAAAAAAGCUUUUGAUGGUCUGAGUACGCUUACAAAAUUGAAUCUUACCGGAAACAGAAUUAAAGUUCUUGCUCCAUCCAGAUUUGUUGCUUUAUUAAAUCUUGAGAUAUUGGAUUUGUCAAACAACGGUUUGAAUAUACUUGAUUACUCAACAUUUCAAGGACUACAUUCUGUGAAGUAUUUACAUAUUCACAACAACAAAUUGACAGUAUACAGAACAAUGUUCCAAGGUCUUUGUAAUCUGGAAUGGUUGCACACAGAUUCCUAUGUCAUUUGUUGCGCAAAACCCUCUACUGUAUCUUCAAAUAACUGCAUAGCGCCACGAGAUAGUAUAUCCUCUUGUGAACAACUGAUAAGUGUUGGUUUUCUUUCACAGAUGAUAUGGUACAUGGCACUUUUUUCCGUGAUUGGAAAUGCAUUUGUUAUAUACUAUCGCAACUGUGGAGAAAUCAGAGGAAGCGCUUCACAUUGUGUGUUUGUCUUGCAUCUAAGCAUUUCUGAUUUUCUAAUGGGAUUGUAUUUGUUCAUUAUAGCAAUUGCCGAUUUGGAGUAUCAAAACAUCUAUGGAUUUAAUGAUAGUGAGUGGAGAUAUAGCAAAGCGUGUACCAUAGCAGGGUUACUAGCUACAACCUCUAGUGAGGCAUCAGUCAUUUUUAUUUUUCUCAUAACCUUGGAAAGAUUUAUUGUGUUAAAACAUCCAUUUUCUGCAGGAGUUUUCAAAAACAGAAGAUUGGUUAUUUUAAUUACAAUAAUUGCUUGGUUGAGUGCCAUUGCGUUUUCAGCUGUUCCUUUAUUCGUCUACCAAGACUUUUAUAGCAGAUCAACAGUGUGCAUAUCGCUACCUUUAACAACAGAGAGGGUAUCCGGUUGGGAAUAUUCAACUCUUUUAUUUAUCGGCUUCAAUUUGCUAAUAUUUUUAGCUGUUGUGAUUCUCCAACUGCUGAUAUAUAUACAUGUCAAACGGAUGGGAAGCAAGACUAAUAACGACAACACAAAGCGGGAGAUGAAAGUCUUAAGAUCUCUGUCGUAUGUUGUUGUGUCUGACACUUUAUGCUGGAUUCCUAUUAUAGUAAUUGGGCUUAUGGCCUAUGGAGGAGUUGGGGUUUCCCCGGACAUCUACGCCUGGGUUAUUGUGGUCGUCCUUCCAAUAAACUCGGCACUUAAUCCUUUUAUAUACACAUUUAGCAUGAUAUACAGACGGAAAGCUAGGAAAUGAAAAGCUAUUAAAUACGUCGAAGCUCUGGUUGCAUUAGAGUAUGAGAUCUCCUUACUUUAGUAAUUAAUCGCGGUAUCACUUAUGCUGAUAGAGAAAUGGUUGGAGAUCAAUACGACGACAGCUGAGAACGUAAUCUCUUAAAAUAAUGUCAGAUAAGGAUUUUCAUAAAGACAAUGUUUGUUUUAGAUUUUGCCAAAUAUCAACAUGAUGGACCCACAGUUGCUAAGUACAGUGUAACAACUUUUCAUAAUUUUUAUUUUUUCAUUUAUUUAUUUUUUUAUUAAUUCGUUUUAAAUAUAUGUUGUGUGAAGAAACAAUACAAUUUG